AUGAGGGGCCCUUUGUCUACGGCUGCGGUGGCAGCUCUCAUUGCUACGGCGUCGAGUGCAAUUAUUCCUGUCCCCCUGAUCCGUGAAUUACCUGGAGUUCCUUCUGUGCCCUUGGUGCCCUCCGUGCCUUCCGUGCCUGUGUUGCCUCCGUUACCUCCUGUACCCUCAGGGAUCGAUCUGGCGUCGUUUAUUGGAAAACCGACGUCUGAUACCACCUCCGGGACAAAGACAACCGAUGCUUCUGCAAAGCAUACCACUAGCGGUUCUCUGGAAGCUCAUGGGACGGAUGCUUCUUCAGGCACACACUCGUCUGGACCCGUCCAUUCAAGCUUCGCCCCUGCUACCAAGACUUGCGCUGGGCCAGCCAAGAAGUCCCCGGACACCUACUGGCUCGAUGCGCAAGAUCACAACCGUGAAGGCGCAGGGCUUGCACCCUACGUGAACGGGACCCACUCGUACCCAGUGUAUCGCAAUGUCAUGGACUACUCGGUUGUCAAUGACGGCUCGGGUGACCAAAGUCCCAAGCUCCAGAAGGCCAUAGACGACGACAAUAAUGGCGGUAGCCGGAAAGGCAAGGGCAUCACGCGGUACCCGGCCGAGGUCUAUCUACCUGGUGGAACGUACCAGCUGGGAACGACACUGAACUUGACCGUGGGAACAAUCAUUGUCGGCGACCCUCGACACCCGCCUAUCCUCAAGGCUUCGUCGGACUUCCGCGGCCAGUAUCUGGUAAUGGGAUUUGAUGAACAAACUGGACAGCCAGAGACAAGCUUUAUGACCCUCAUGAAGAACGUGGUCCUUGAUACAACGGCUGUAAAGCCCGACCGGAAGAUCACUGCCAUGCAAUGGGGUGUGGCCCAAGGCUCGGGCUUGACCAACAUCCAGAUCCGCAUGCCCAAGGUGUCGAAGGGACACACUGGAAUCGAUGUGGUUGCCGGGUCCACCAUCGCCGUUACCGAUGUUUACAUCAUCGGUGGUGCGACCGGCAUCCGAAACUCCAACCAGCAAGUCAACUUCAAGAACAUCUACUUCAAGUCCUGUGGGACAGGAUUUGAUGCCGCAGGCGGCUGGUCGGUGUUGCUCCAGAGCGCUACUUUCGACAGCUGCGGCACAGGCAUCAGCAUGACAGACAACGGGCUCGGGAGUUUGGUCCUGCUUGACUCGGACUCCACCAACUCCGGCCCUGUCGUGAGGUUCCACGACUCCUCACACGAUACGGGAAACCAAAACAGCCAGUUCCUCAUCCAGAACCUGGCGCAUGAUUCUCCGAGUGCCAUCGCUGUCGAUAUUCAGGGCAACACUCGGCUGGCUGCCACGCCACACGUCGACACCUGGGUCUGGGGUACUGUUGUCCCGGGCAAGUACGAAACGGGAUCCGGGUGGUCGACGAAGCGGCCCGAAAGCCUUUUGAGUGAUGGAAAGUUCUUCAUCAAGCCCCAGCCAACCUAUGCUGAGUACAGUGGUACCGACGUUAUUAACGUCAAAACUGUCUCGGGCUACAAGGUCAAGGGCGACGGGAUGACUGACGACACUGAGGCGCUCAACGCUAUCUUGGCCCAGAAUGCGGACGACUGCAAGGUCACUUACUUCCCGUUUGGCAUCUAUCGUGUCUCGGACACGCUCUUCAUUCCUGUUGGGACACGCAUCGUCGGUGAAGCAUGGUCUGUCAUCUCCGGGUAUGGCGAUGCGUUCCGAGACGCCAAUAACCCCCGAGCAGUCGUGCGGAUUGGCAACCCCGGCGAUGUCGGAGUGAUCGAGAUUCAGGAUAUGCGGUUCACAGUCGCUGAAAUCCUGCCCGGCGCCAAGGUCGUUGAGAUCAACGCCGCGGGCAGCGAGCCAGGCGAUGUUGGGCUUUGGAACACGGCCGUGACCGUGGGCGGCACAGCAGACACCAGCAUCUCGAACGUGUGCACGUCGCAAGAUCCCAAGGACUGCAUGGCGGCAUUCAUGGUGAUGCAUCUGACGCCAAGCUCGUCGGCCUACAUCGAAAACUUCUGGGGAUGGACGGCAGACCACAACCUGGACAGCCAGUCGAUCCUGACGAUCGUCUCGACGGGCCGCGGCGUGCUCGUGGAAUCAACCAAGGGCACCUGGCUGACAGGCACGGGCUCCGAGCACCACUGGCUCUACAACUACAACUUCCACAACGCCGAGAACGUCUACGCGGGUCUCCUGCAAACCGAAACGCCCUACAUGCAGGGCGCAGGCGAGUACCAGGCGGCGCCAGCACCAUGGAAAGCCGAGGCGAAAUAUGGCGACCCGGACUACUUGUGGUGCGGCGCAGACGACCAGAAAUGCCGCACGGCGCUGGCGACCAACGUCGAUGGCGGCUCCGAUCUGGCGCUCUACAACUCGGCCGCGUGGGCGUUCUUCGACGGCUACUGGAAUGGCAUGUACAAUGAGCCAUGCAAUGGCAACUGCCAGGCCAAUAUGAUGCGUGUAACUAAUGAUCCGCACAACCUCGUGUGGUAUUCCAUCAGUACGCGCAUGACAGAUGUGAUGGUGCUCGACGGGAAGACGAACCCGCGCGAGGCGAACCAUCAAGGAGGAUGGGAGGCUGUCCUGCAGGCGUAUCGGCAGUUUGCGGGUUGA